CUCCUUGCGAAGAGCAAGGAAUAAGUCUCUUGGCCAAACAGGCAGAGUUUGUAAAAGAACUUCAGCAAAUCAGGAGUGAUUGGAUGAAAAGGAAACCCCUGACCCUCCCCUCCUGCACCUGACGAGUGGGUAUUUACAGCACUUUGCAAAGAGCCCUGCACUACACAAUUUUACUGCAUGGGGUGAGCAGAGAGGACAAUGCUGUAGAGGACCAAUGUGCAAGCAGUGAUUUUGUCUGCUGCUGCUGCCCAAAAGCUGGGGACCGUUAUUCUGAAGCUGAAAGGAGGUUUCAGGAAGGAAGCAGCCCUGCAUUUCAAGAUGCCACGAUCCUUCUUGGUCAAGAAACAUUUCAACUCUUCCAAAAAGCCGAACUAUGGUGAACUGGAUACUCACACAGUGAUCAUUUCCCCAUACCUUUAUGAGAGCUACCCCAUGCCUAUCAUUCCACAGCCUGAGAUCCUGAGCUCAGUUGCUUACAACCCCAUCACAGUGUGGACUACAACUGGGCUGCUGCCUUCCCCUUUACCCAGUGACCUCUCACCUCUCUCCGGAUACCCUUCAUCUUUGGGAAGAGUCAGCCCACCUCCACAUUCUGACACUUCAUCUAAGGAUCACAGUGGCUCGGAGAGUCCCAUUAGUGAUGAAGAAGAGAGGAUCCAGUCCAAACUUUCCGACCCUCAUGCAACUGAAGCAGAGAAAUUUCAGUGCAGCUUAUGCAAUAAGACCUAUUCAACUUUCUCUGGACUGGCGAAACAUAAGCAGUUGCACUGUGAUGCCCAGUCUAGGAAAUCUUUCAGCUGUAAAUACUGUGACAAGGAAUAUGUGAGCCUAGGGGCUCUUAAGAUGCACAUCAGGACCCACACACUACCUUGUGUCUGCAAGAUCUGUGGAAAGGCUUUCUCUAGACCAUGGUUACUUCAAGGACACAUCAGAACACAUACUGGAGAGAAGCCUUUUUCGUGCCCUCAUUGCAACAGAGCAUUUGCAGACAGGUCAAAUUUGAGGGCCCACUUGCAGACCCAUUCGGAUGUGAAGAAAUACCAAUGCAAAAACUGUUCAAAAACUUUCUCACGAAUGUCUCUUCUGCACAAACAUGAGGAAUCUGGCUGCUGUGUAGCUCACUGAAUUUGCCUGGGCUGUGAACAUUUCUCUACUCCUUUUCAACAGAACAGGAGGAACCCUCAGCCCUGGAGGUGGUUUAUAUUUUACUUCCCAACUCAACAACUCCACUGGAAGAUGCAAAUAACAUCAGAUUGCUUUUUAGUUCAAUUGUUAAGCUUGACAAUUGUGUGAUACAAAGGAAAUCAAAACAUCUUAAAUACGGGAAGAUGGAAAAGCCAAAUGGACGACUUUUU